AUGGAGUUUGAAUGCAACCACAACAACCACAACAACAACCACAACCACAACAAGAAUAGUAAUAAUAAUAAUAGUGAUAAUAACCAUAAUAAUGAUAAUAUGAACAACAAUAACAACAAACACUGCAUGUUCAAAACCAGCAAAAACGAUCACGUUAUUGAAGUCAAUCUCAAUGAUGAUAUCGACUUCAUCUGUCCGAGGUAUGACGUCACUGACACGUCACCAGCAUCAUCAUCAUCAUCGUCAUCGUCAUCAUUAUCAGUAAUGACGUCAUCGCAGAAUGUGAUGAAUGUUUUACAACCGCCCCUGCGUUCGUUGGACGAUCGGUCAAAUGAAGCUGAAUACUACAUCGUAUACAUGCAACAUAAGCAACAGCAACUUCAGUCAGUCAGCAUCAACAACAAUAACUACAAAUUUAACAUCAACAUCAACAACAACAUCAACAACAUCAACUACAACAUCAACAAAACAAGGUGUAGUAUUAAUCCAUCUCAAUUUCAGCAUUCGAGACAGAAUUUCGUAGCUUUCCUGGAAAAAGUAAAACAGAAAGACUACAAGAACUGCGUCCUGUCGUCUCGCGACGCCGUCCACACGAUCGUCAACUGCAGCAACCCCUACCGACCGCAACCGAAACGAUUCACCAUGAGUUUCGAAUCCAUAUCGACCAUACCAAAUAAUCCGGAAUUUCAAGCCGGUUCGACUUAUUAUUUUAUCGGUUAG